CCCGCGUCCUUUCCCUGGCGUGAUUCCGUCCUGCGCGUCUGUCCUGUGGAAUAGCAGGCAGUUGUUUUCCGUCCCGCUUCGCUCACACCGAAGUGCGCGCCUCCACCUCAUGGAAGACUCGAUGGACAUGGACAUGAGUCCUCUUAGGCCUCAGAACUACCUUUUCGCUGUAGAGGAAGAUGCAGAGUCUGAGGAUGAAGAUGAGGAGGACGUAAAACUCUUGGGCAUGUCUGGAAAGAGAUCUGCUCCUGGAGGUGGUAACAAGGUUCCACAGAAAAAAGUAAAACUUGAUGAAGAGGAUGAGGACGAUGAUGAGGAUGAUGAGGAUGAUGAAGAUGAUGAUGAUGAUGAUUUUGAUGAAGAGGAAACUGAAGAAAAGGUCCCAGUGAAGAAAGGUCAAGAGUCUUUCAAAAAACAGGAAAAAACUCCUAAAACACCAAAAGGACCUAGUUCUGUAGAAGACAUUAAGGCAAAAAUGCAAGCAAGUAUAGAAAAAGGCGGAUCUCUUCCCAAAGUGGAAGCCAAGUUCAUUAAUUAUGUGAAGAAUUGUUUCCGGAUGACUGACCAGGAGGCUAUUCAAGAUCUCUGGCAGUGGAGGAAGUCUCUUUAAGAAAAGGGUUUAAACAGUUUGAAAUAUUCUGUCUUACUUCAUUUCUGUAAUAGUUGAUNUCUGGCUGUCNUUUUUAUAAUNCAAAGUGAGAACUUUCCCUACUGUGU